UACAUUUAUCUGGUACUGCAGUACAGUCGUGGCGACUGUGGUCAGUCAUUUAAAAAAUACAUUUCCGAGACGACAUGACAGAAAAUUGAAAACCAUUGAUUUAAGGUAACCCAACUAUAUAUUAUGUCCCUAGUGUUAACAACAGGGAAGUGUUUUCUUUGGCAUACUGUAAGGGAAGAUUAAAAGUUCCCGAUAUGUUCAGGACUUUAGGGAUCAACGUGGUCAUACUGCAAUCUGAGGCAACAUUGAAACAGUCCCAAAUGAAAGAACAGAGAGACCGCAAUGUGUUUAUUGCAUAGAAUAACUGCUGCAUAAAUUCAUAUAGCUACGCUUAAAAAUAAGAGCAACACAUUGCCAAAAAAGGACCAAAGGGAAAGAAGCUGGAAUUUUUUUGUUCAGUUUUUGUUUAUGUGAGUGAACAUCGCAAUGACAUGUUUACAUUUUAGAGCUCCUGUGAGAAAGUUGAUGUGCAAAGACCAUUUUGGCACGACGAGGUUGCACUUUUGUCAGAGGUCAUCCAACAAAGUAAGUGCUAUUUAUCCUAACAUUUGCGUUCCUGCUGAUCUGGCCAAUGAGCUUGUUAUUUUCUUAUCACAUACUAUAAGAAAUAGGCCUGCUGUUGCAAAAUCAGAAUUGUUUUAAGUAGUCUGACUUUAUAAAAUUGUGCGUGCGUGUGUGUGCUCUCUCCCAGAUUUAUUUCCUGGGUGGGGUAAUUGCAGAAAGGCAUUGUGACUGUGAUUAUGUGCUUAUACUGUGAUGUGCUUUUGCAAGCCCUAAGCAGUCAUUAGCAAAGUCCGCACAUCAGUGAUUCUACCUUGAUGACCAAGGUGACAUAGGGAUUAUUUUACUAACUGAGGGACCUGUUGAAAAUGUUUAAUAUAGAAAUAUUUGUAAUUUAACUGGUUAGUUAGUUAGUUAACAUGUUUAGUUUGAAGGCUACACAUCUGAAACUCAUGUUAAUUACACCGCACAUGUCUGACAGUUAUAAUAACGUCAGACAGUGCAAGAAAAACAUAACACAUGGUUUUAUAUUAUCAAAUUCUGGAGUAGACCCAUUAAGAGGGUUGGCGUCAAGUAGCCUAUCCAUCCAGUUGUUACGUGAGCACCAUGCCAUUCUGGGCUUGUCUAACAACGGAAUUAGAAACUUCAUGUGUUCAACUCCUCCUCCUCCCCACUCUUAGCGCAUCUGCUAGACUCUGGACAGAACGACGUGAGGUUGCGUGGAGAACAUAGCAAUACUGGUGCAGGUUUUUCAGCAUUUAAUGUAGUGUAAAUUAGACUUACUUUGAAAAGUCAUUGAAUGUACCUUAUUUUCAACGGGAAAAUGAUAUACCACAUAAAGUAAAAUAUUAGUAAUUAUCAGUCAUAACCCAUUUAGUUGAAUUAGUUGUAUUAUGGGAGUGCGUUCAUUUGUCACGCUUUAUGCGUGUGCGCACGUAUGUUUAUUCGUUUGCAUACUGCAAACUGUCCAAUCUCAGCGGAAUCCACCAGAGACAAGGCCAGGAAAUAACCAAGCCGCAGGUACAUUACGGCAGACAAUACAAUGGGCGCACAAUGGUAAGGUUUUUAGCCUUCUGAGUCACGGCUCGGAAUAUCGACCACCAAAGCAAAGAGGCGCCGAUAAAGAGCAAGUCCAAGAGAGACCUGUCACCAUCAUUAGCGAUGGGGAAGCCAACAAACCCUCUGAUUCAUCGAGACCGCUUCCCUCAUCUAUUCACACAGUGUCCGGCGCAGGAGCGCGCCCGCGCUGGAUACCACCUCGAGUUUCAAGGCCCCCUAGGGGACAGGGGCACCAGCAACAGGAUGCCCAUCCAAGUGGCCUUGCAGAAACGAAGGCAAAUGGCACGACGAAUGGGACACAGGACAAACCGUCCCCAUCGCCGAGAAGAGAAGACAUGAUGGCAGGAGAUGAUCCUUACAACCCAUACAAGACCUCAGAUUCAGAUAAUCCUUACUAUAAUUACUAUGACGUGUACGAGAGUCCCAGGCGCAGAGAGAGACCUGGAUAUGGCACAAGGUACCAUCAGAACGGUCUGCCUGAUCUUGUGCCAGAUGCAUACUACAUUCAAGCCUCUGCAUAUGUCCAGAGAGUUCCUAUGUACAACCUCCGAUGUGCAAAUGAAGAGAACUGCUUGUCAAGUUCAGCCUACAGAGCAAGAGACUAUGACAGCCGCAUGCUUCUGAGGUUCCCACAACGUGUGAAGAACCAGGGGACGGCUGACUUCCUGCCAAGCAGACCGCGCUACUCCUGGGAAUGGCACAGUUGUCACCAACAUUACCACAGCAUGGAUGAGUUCAGCCACUAUGACCUGCUGGAUUCCGGUGGGAGGAGUGUGGCUGAGGGACACAAGGCCAGCUUCUGCCUGGAGGACAGCUCCUGUGACUACGGCUACUACAGACGCUUUGCUUGCACCUCACACACCCAGGGCCUUAGUCCAGGAUGUUAUGAUACCUAUAACGCAGACAUCGACUGCCAGUGGAUUGAUAUUACAGAUGUGAAACCUGGGAACUAUGUCCUGAAGAUCAGUGUGAACCCCAGCUAUCAGGUUCCAGAGUCUGACUACAGCAACAACAUUGUGCGCUGUGAGGUCCGCUAUACUGGCAACUACGCCUAUGUGUCAGGAUGUCACGUCUCACACUAUUAAGAGGGGGAUGUCACUCUCCAAACCACUGAGAAGCAAUUCUGUGAAAACUCCAUAGCAGAAAAUGACAGAAAAUUUGUGGAUAAAGCACACAUGGAUAACUGCAAUUAUGUAAAAAUGGCCAUACUCUUACCAAAUUGACAGUUGACCAAUUUUUCCGGUUAAUGUAAAAAAAAAAACUCUAAGGUUCAUUUUAUUCCUAAAUUAAGCAUGUUUUUGUAAAGCCAUUCUGUAUGUUCAAUGAGGAGGUAAUAAAAUAUGGAUCUAAUUACUUGAUAGGUUUAGAAUUAAAAGUAUAGCCUCUAUAUUACAUAGCCUAUAGUUGGUUUUAAAAGGUCUAAACCAAAUACAUUGAAUUUCAGAUGUUAAAACCCCACCAAAAUUCGAAAUGGCUUGUUUUUUACAUAUCAAUUACAAUAUUCAGCACCACAUUGUAUGGAAUCCAUCUUCAGCUUGCUUAAAAAGCACAAAAUGUAGCGCAUGGUGAGAUACAAUUUUUUUUUUAACCAUGGCAUAUUUCCCUCAUCGUUGUAUGUGUUUUACGUCAAACAUAUCAUCACUUUAAUCCACUCUUUCUAUAAUUAUUCACAUUUGCUUGCUAUAGCUUGUAUGUUUACAACUCAAGUUCAAGGUCACUUUAGAUUUUUUAAAUUACAUUAAAGGGUUUGAAAAUUGGUAUAUAUUAGCAGUACACAGAUCCGUUUUUUGUAGGCCCAGGAAUCAACUUCCAAAAAUGAAAUUUUGCAUGAAAUUAGUUAUCAAAUGGAAAAAUAUUCUCUCAGUCCCAUUGCAAAAUGUGUAGAAUUGCAGAAAACUUUCUUUAAAACUGCAACAUUUUCUCUACGCCCCAUGGCAAAAUGUAUAGAAUUGCAGGAAUUUUGUCAAGAGGUGGGCCACUAAAAUGUUUUGCUCACAAGUUGCCCAUCCCUGAGUAAAAGUAUUUCCCAUAUAGUACUGGAUACUGUACAUACUGUGCCUGUGCUCUGAACCAAAUAUUCAAACAGAAUUAGGAUUCAUUUGUUUUGUGAAAUGCUUUUACUUAUGGUUAGUCUGCGAGCUAUCUCUUUUGUCCUGUUUUGUUUGAUAUUUAUGCAAUGAAAAAGCUCAUAUAACUGCACCGUUUUGAUGUAUUCCAGGAAAUCUACUUGAAUAAAUCAUUGUGACAUUCA